AUGCUCAACCACCGAGACACACCAACCAGGCCUGUUUUGAUCUUUUAAUUUACAUCAUUUGUUUUCCACAAAGUCAGUCUAUUAAAGACAAUUUUUUUAAUGCCAGAUAAUGCCGGCAUUUGAGUUAGAAUUUAUUGUCCUUAUUUUUGCCAGGUUGAGCUGAGACAGCUUUCUUCAACCCUGCAAAGUUUUAAACUUUUAUCCCUUCCUUUGAUUUGUGUCAGGGUGAACCGUUUGAUGUAAGACUUGACUCCAUAAUCUACAUCUGCCCUAAUGCUGUCAUCCGGAAUAGAGACUCAGCCAGUUCCACUUGAUUCCUCCAUGUCUGCCGUGGUACAGGAAUUAUACUCGGAACUCCCAGUAAGUGUCUCCAAAGAGCUUCAUGCUGACCCUGAGCCAAGUGUGAUUCCAGAUGUAAAACCUGGAGCCUCAAGCUCUCUUAUAAGUCAGAGUAGGACAGUGCCCUUGGAGCUGCAGAGGACUCACGCAGGAAGUUGUGAAGAAACCUCUGAGACCGCGGAUCAUGGGGGAGAGCCUGGGCGGUGUGGGCUGGUGGACUCCACAGCAGGAGGCUCUGUGGCUUCUGGGAUCUUGGAUAGGGAAGAGAAAACCGAGAGCAUGGAGCUACAGGUCUUCAGAGAUCGAGGGGACCAGGUGGAAAUUGUAAGAGACCCCUGUCAACAUUCCACAGCCUCUGAAGAAAAGAUCAGCCCAAGUCAGGAGGACCUCCGGAUGCCGUCGCAUGAAGAACUGUUAUGCAUGGACCUCCCUGAGGAUUGUCUGAGCAUCAAAGAAGGAAAUGUACAAAUUACAACUGAAACUCUGUUAAAAUCUACUGAACAAGUACAAGGGAACAGUGCCAUUUGCAAAGUGGACAAUGGGAAGGAAGAGUUGUGUAAGUUAAGCCUUGUCUGUGAAGCAGAUGACAAUCACCACCAGAUUGUUGGCCACCAUAAUGAAAAACACGGUUCUGCACAUGGCCGCCCCAGACCCAUGAAAAAUGUAGUUGUAGAACCCUUAGGAAAAAAUUCUGAAGUUUCCUGUUUCAAAUCAAGUUUAUCUGGUCCAGAAUCCAGAACAGCAUCCUUAGAAAAAUGUAGUUUUGCAGGUGAUGGCUUGCUAAAGAGAUCUGCUGAAAAGACAGAGAAUUCCUGUUUUGAUGGUGACGCUCAAAGCAAGAACUUGGCUUCUAGAGAAGAAAAUGAAGAACAGUGUGUGAACUUCAGGUCUGAAAGAGGGGAAUUCUUUCUUGUUAAUGCCAAGCAACCAGAAGAGGAUGCUGGUGGUCCUUGUUCUGGAGAAAAAAAGACUGUUGCCUCCCCAGAAGAAAAUGUCCACGAUAACUAUUGCAUUCAAGGCAGUAUCCACACCGACAGCUCCAGUUCUCUAAUGCCCAAGUCUUUUCCCGAAGCCACGGAAGUCACGUUUAAAAAAAAAGAUUUGAAUAUCACUUCAGACAUACAAGUUAGCUUAACAGACCCUGAGGGCCAUAGAGAAACUUUUAGUAAUAUAAGCCAUCCAGGCAGACACUCUGAAGAAAGCAGUUUUUCCUCCUCGAUACAGACCGAAGAGCCAGAACAGACAACCACUAUCGAGCCUGGUAUGUUAAGUGAAAAGAUUUACAGUAAAGACCCUAACUCCUUAGUCAGCACCCAGAGAAAUCUGGAAGGUGACACCCAGUUAAAGGAAGCAUCCUAUAGUGACUUUAUGAUUGAAAAAAAAACCCUUGUGAGUUUAAUGCCAGAGGACCAGAUAAGUCUUAUAAAUGAGGAAUCAAAACCCAAGAAAGAUGCUGCUCAGCUAUUACCAUCUCUAGAAUUUGGUUGCAGACCUGAGUCAGAAAAAUCUGUACAGAUCUCACAGGACAAUAUUCCACAUUUAGAUGAACAGAGCAUUGCCUGUGAGUUGAAUGAACUUCCCUCUACUGAUGAACUGGUUCUAGACAAAAUAGAAAGUGAAUGUGUUUUAAAUCAAGUGUCCCUUAAUUCUCAAGAUCAUGCGACAUUGUCAACUGACAAAGAGUUGCCUUUAGCACUAAGCGAGGAUUCCCAACAGAGCCAUCACCCUCCAUUAGAGGAUGGAGCCAGUGUCCUUACUGAUAUCCAAACCAUCCCCAUGAAGACAAAAAUGAAAGAUAUCUCUCCACCAGGUGACAAAACCUGUGGUGCCUCGUCAAACAAUUUCACCUUAAAUAUCAAACCAGGAAGCCUACAAAGAAAAAACGAAAUGGCUGAUUCAGGAACAGAAGACCUACAUUCCAGACUUCUCUCAUGUAAGAAAGAAGUAGCAGUCUUGUCUCCAGAGGUCUCUAUCAUGGAUUGUCAGAGUGUUCAACCUCAGCAUCUCUCUAGCUGCCAUUGUGUAGGGGAAAAUGCACCAGGAGAGAGCACGUGUUCUGCGUGUGCUGCUCAUGAGUCUAGAAGAAUCAUCCUGGAAGGUGAAAACUCAUUGAUGAUCAACCAUGAAAAUGCAUUUCAGCACAGCGAUCACUACUCCCCAGGAAGAGAAGACUCCGUGGAAAGAAGCACCCAUAAAGUGAGUUGUACAUCAGAGGGAAGUGAACUUAAUGGAAGAGAAACGAAGGGCAGCCUUCCAGGAGAUAAGAUCAGAAACGAAAGGACAGUAGGUAUGUUAAAUAGUGAAGCUUCCAACAAAACCAUUCACGGCACCAAUCACAUCCAACCCAGUGAGGAAGGGCUAGAAUUAAAGGAACAGGAUAUACCCAAAGAGACUGUGUUUUAUAAAUAUAACAACUCUGAUUGUGCCACACAAGAGCUAAACCAAUCUAUAAACAUUCCAAAUCCUGAAAAACGAUUGGAGCUGUCUCCUGCUAAGUGCUCCAGUUUUAAAAACAUGAAUCAAGCAGUUAAAACUCUUGAUCAGAAGACAGAUGAAGUCCUUGACUACCGGAGUAACCCAGACAGACCAGAUGAGUAUAGAAGUGAAGAUAAACCAGCUAAGGGGACACUAGGUAAUGACCAGAGACAGACCAUCACAGAGCCUAACACAGGGGAAAGCUGUAACCAGAAGAAUCUGCCAUUCAUUUCAGGCAAUAAGAACUCAUUGUCUGGUGGUAGUCGGAAGAAAGGCUAUUUGAAAGGAGGCUUUGAAAGGAUUUCUAGUUGUGAUAAGUCCACAGCUGGUAUGGUAGACAUCGCCUGCACAAACUGUAAUAAGCCUAGAGAAGGCAUGCUGGACACACUUGGUGGUGUGCGGCAAGGUGGACUGGCAUUAAUUGAAACCUCAAGGAGUGCCCUGUCUCAGAGAGGAGACUUGAAUGCUGCAUUUACAGAACAAAUUGACCAGGAUUCAGAAUUCUCAGAUGCUACUUCCUCUGCAGCAGAAUCUCUUGAAAUAAAAAAAUCAUGUGAAGAGAAAGUUUGCAGAUCGUUAAACGAUAGUGAAAUGGAAGUGCAUCCAGACCCUUGUGCCAAUGAGAUAGAGUCUAUUGCAGAUCAUGAACCAAAUACAAGAAUAUUGGAUGGAGUAAAUGUGUCUUUAAAUCAUAGUCAUCAUGAACAGCAAGUUAAAGAAGCAUCUCUGAGAGAAACACAAGAAAUGGUUGAAAAAUCAAGACUAGAAAUACAUUCUGAGUUUGACAAGGAAAAUAUCUUUGGAAUUUCCUCAGAAGAGUUGGUGUCUAGAAGACACCAAGAUGAGAACUCGGUUCUCCCAGAGAGCCUGAAAUCCAUUGAGAUAAUGCCGUUGUGUCUAUCUGCUCAAGAAGCAUCAGAAGCUAAUGUUAAAAGUGAAGAAACUGACAUGAAAAAAUUUUUUAAACCAAAAGAUGGUGAAAUCCUUUGUGAAAAUGUAGAGGAUUGCACAGUCCUGCCUGAGAUGAAGGAAGAAGUACCAAGGAAUAGGAGUAAUCCCGGCAAAGGAAACAGCAUUGACAUCAGUAUGAAAAUUUUGCCUUUGAUGAUGAAAACAGAAACUAAAGUGAAAGGGGAAGAAGCCAAAGAAGAUCAGAGGGGACCACUAGAUCACUUACCUGUUGGGGAGGAAUCUGACGAGAGGAUUAGCAGAGAAGAUGGUCAUGGUGAUGACAGAAGUGAGAUUUCUCAGACACACUGUAAAUCCCUGAGGAUGUAUGGUGACGUUGAAGAACAACAAAGCCAGAGGGAUUUGGACUCCAUGUUGCAGAAGGCAGAGGAGUAUGAACAUCAAAAAGAAGCACAUACACUAUUGGAACAAUGUACAUCAUCUAAUAUGUUGUCAGAUGAAGUGCAAAAUCAGAACCAACCUAAGGAUUACAAAUGUGAGUACACCAGGAUGAAAGAAGUCACCCCAGCACAGCUGGCCCAGGGUAACAUUACCGCACGGCUUCAGAAGUUGAAAGACCCAAAGGAGGAAAAAUUACGUCAUCCAUUAAAAAAGGACAUUGAGUUGUGCAUAGGUCCUUGCCUUCAUAGUGCCCCCCAGAAAUCCCAAGACCCCAGCUCUGCUAGGUGUUACGAAAUACACGGUGCCUUUGGGAACACUUCCCAUCAGAAAGAAGUGCUUCCCUUGAAGAAGCAGCCGCAUCGAGCAUGUAAGAAAGUUCCCUGUCAGGAGCAAGUCAACAUGGGAAGGAAAAUAAGUAAAAUCAGGAAUUCUGCCUUUUUAAAGAAUUCCUCUGAAACCAUCCCCACAAAAGCACACAGACUUCUCAGCUCACCUGCUAUGUCUGCACCCACACGACUGGAACCCGAAACAGUACCUAGCGGGAGCCUAGUUAGGCACAUACCAAAGCAGAAGGCUACUCCGUGCCAUCUCUUAAGGAGCCUGAACGUCAGGAAGCCCACCAAAGAAUCAGCCUUACUCAGCAAGCUAUCCGUCCUUGCCUCCAGGCUGGCCCCAGCCUCAAAGACCCACAAACUAAGGUAUCGGCGGUGUUCUUCUGAACUCCUUCCAGUGGCUAAAAGCUACAAGCGGCUCAGAUGUAAAAAGCUCCUGGAUGGAUUUUCAGACACUAUGAUGCAGCUGAAUCCAUAUUUGACAGCUAGUGGAUGGGAUAGGAGGCCUAACAAUAAACCCUUGACACUUUAUCCACUCGAAGCCAUCAAAAUGAGCUUCAUAGAUUUGAGCAACAAGAUGCCAUUGCUGCUGUUCGGUUCUGGAAUCUUCCCCAUAUCCUUUCACGUGAAAUCAGGCUCCGAGCGCAUGCCUGAGUCCCCACGGACUUUUCCUGAGCACUGUGCUCCGGCGAGGCUUGCCUUAGGGGAGGCCACCCCUUGUCCUUCUCAACCUCCCAAGUGGACCUUUUCCUUCUUCUUGUCCCACGGUUGCCCUGGGCUGGCCACAUUCAGGGAAGACACUGGCCUCCAUGCUCAGGCACAUUCCCAGGCUCCUCCACAGCCUCCAGCUCCUCUCCAAGACUACGGAGGCACCGCCAUAGUCCAGACCAGAACAGGCUGCUCUGUCCUUGGCCUUCACACUCUCCUAGCACUUUGUUCCCCGGGAUGUUACCGAAUCUGGACAAAAAAACGGAGCUUCUCCAGUCACAUGCCUACCAUGCAGAGGCUCUUCAUGACUCAGUUUACACAGGGCUUGAGGGGGUUAAGGUCUCCAGCCUCCAUAGCAGACAAGAUCUUCUGUUCUCUGCCCUAUUCGGUGGGCCGAGUGCUCUCCGUUUGGAGCCAGCAUGGGCCUUCUGCCUGCCCCUUCGAAACCUCUGCUCUGCAUUCCACUCAUGGCAAGCGACCGCCAACUCUGGACAUCACAAGCAGCCACACCAUGUUACCAUAUGUGCCUCUUCCAGGCAUGGAAGCUGCUUACAACACCAGUGGCAGUCAGAUGAGGCUAGAGCCUCCAUUCCCUGCCCUGGUACCAAAGUCGUGCUUGGUAACAGACUCGGCUGUCGGCAAGCUCCUGCUGUCAGCCUCUGAGUUCCCGGUUCCUGGAUUAGAUGAACUGGAUGGUGUGACAGCAGCGCGCCCCCGUCCACAGAGCAGCUCUCCAGAGCAGAAAGAGGCUGAGCCAGAGAAGAGGCCAAAGAAAGUCUCACAGAUUCGCAUCCGGAAAACCAUUCCUAAGCCAGACCCUAAUCUUACCCCCAUGGGCCUCCCUCGCCCCAAAAGGUUAAAGAAAAAGGAGUUCAGUUUGGAAGAAAUAUAUACCAACAAGAAUUAUAAGUCUCCUCCUGCAAACAGGUGCUUAGAGACCAUCUUUGAGGAACCUAAGGAACGAAAUGGUACGCUAAUCUCCAUCAGCCAACAGAAGAGGAAGCGAGUUCUCGAGUUUCAGGAUUUUACUGUCCCAAGAAAGAGGAGAGCUCGUGGGAAGGUCAAGGUGACAGGCAGCUUCACCAGAGCCCAGAAGGCAGCCCUGCAGAGUCGAGAGCUGGAUGCCCUUUUGAUACAGAAACUAAUGGAACUGGAGACCUUCUUUGCCAAGGAAGAGGAAGAGGCGCCAUCACCUGGGUGUUGAGAAGCAGUUUGGUUGGGGCGUCUCAAUGUUAGAUUUCCCAGGCCUCCUGGGGAGAGGUUGCAUCAGUUUGCCCAGUGCCCAAACCACUCAAAUUGCAACCCAUGGAUUUUUACUGCUUCAAGGUGCAGCCUCUUUAGAAACUGGUGGCGGAGGGCCCUCUACUUCUACUGCUGAGUCUAGAACCUCAGGAAAGCUCCCUUCCUCCUGGAAGUGGUCCUGAGUGACAUCGGGCCGCCGCCUCCCACACUCUGCCAUCCACAGAGGAAGGCGCAGCGCACCUUCAACAACACUAGAUUCCAAGGACUCCAGCACUGGCACGGCCCUGUGAAAGCUCCACGCUGUUUACAGUGGUGCUAGACCAAGAUUGCUCACAGAUGUUGCCUAGGGAGGGGGCCUGGCGUCCUCGCCUGAGUGGCCUCACAGCUCAUUUCGGUAGCUGAGGAACGAUGAGCCUGUGGUGUUUUCUAAUCCUUUGAGUCCGUCUGCCCAGAACCUGGGGUAUAUGUGUGUGUGUAUGUGUGUGUGCGUGUGUGUGUGUGUGUGUGUGUGUGUGUGUGUGUGUGUGUGUGUCUUUUUCCCUUCAUUUUUUUCCUCCCCUCUGUGACUGUGGGUCACUAGUGCCAGAGGGGCCAUCCAGGCCCCAUUCAAAGUAAGUUGCACUUUUUAACGUUGUGGUGUUAUUUUCAUUUGUUUUAUUCCUUUUUUUUAAAUUGCUGCAUGUUCAGAGCCUUUAAAUGUGAUUUUAAAACAAUUUUUUAAGACAUUGAGGAGAAAGAUAAUACAUGUCUGCUGAAUAGAUGGUAGAUGUUUGACCCAGUGUAUCUGCAUGGUCUGGGACAGUGGAGAGACACUUUUCCAUCCACGUGUUUCAGCAAUCCCUUCCCCAUCUCUCUCUCUGCAAUUCAUUAGAGGGAGUACUUUUUUCAUCUGGGUUCUCAUUCUUGCGUGCUAAGUAGAUGUAUUGAUUUUAAUGACGGAAGUAAGAGCAGGUUUCUCUCCCAAUCAUUUUUAAAGUGUGAUGGUUGGGUGUGGUCUUUUAAUGGAUUUUAUCUGAAGUGUUGGAAUGUAACAAAGUUGGGUACAACAGUAUAGGCGGUGGUAGAGGCCGACCAGCGUGUUUGCAGCUGUCGGAGCAGCCGGCCCUGAGAGUGGGGAGGGGCCGCCACGGUUCAAGCUCAGUGGUGUGUUCUUGCGGUGGGAUCACGAAAUCCCACGGCCGGCCGGCCCCUCUGAGGACACCUCUUUGUUCUCUGGGCUCCUGUGUCGAACCUACUGGAAAUGUAGAAUGCCCGUGCUUGCUGAGCUGCUUCUGUGCCCACAGGAGUCUGGGCAGAAGGAUGCUGUGUGGGUUAGCAGUCCCAGAGGUUUCAUUCCUUUCCCACUAAUCCCUGUGUGCCCGCACCCUGCUUCCCCUGCCCUGCGUCCCUUGUGUUUUUUUUCCUUCUCUCUCUCUCUCUCUCUCUCUCUCUCUCUCUCUCUCUCUCAACAAGAGUUCAGAGAAUUACAUUCCUUGGCUGGUGAAUGGAGUACUAGACGCAGCUUCAGGACACUGGUCACCUCUCCCUGUCCUCCUCAAAGCCUGCAGAAGCCGCUGCCCAUGGGAACUGUCCCAGCGCCUCGCACUUGCAGCCAGGCUGCUAGAGGAGAGAGAGAGGUGCCGCCCUGGGAUGUGUCUCCUAGGUUUCUUUUGUUCCCCAUUUGUCAGUGGGGAGACGGGUGGGGUGGGAGGUCUCUAUGUGCCUUUCCUUUGCAGGUUGACAGUCUGUGCCACACUGGAGCAGUGAGACGGACAUGAGCCGGAAAAAACCAAGUGCACCUCUGUCUUGGGCCCGUCUCAGACAGCGCCUAGUAAGUCCCUUACACACCUGGGAGUCCCCGAGGCUUCUCAGGCCAAGGCCAGAUAGCGUUAGGAGGAGCCGGGCUUCCCGCCGGCUCUGAGUGAGUGAGUCCGUUCUGCCCUUGCACAUCCACUUGGCCUAGAGCCCUAGACUGUAUGGACACGACCGGUGUUCACCUCGGUACUUCUCCCUUCCUGGGACAGGGCCCCUAAUGCCUCUGUCUUCUUGCUUUAGGAGGGGGUGAGUGAUGCUGUGUGCCCUUGUCCAAACGUGUUUAGGGAAGUACUGCUGGAUGAGCUUGCAAGCUCCCAGUGAGUCCACAGAGCCCUGUUUGCCAGCACCCGUGCGGUGUAGCCGAGUCAGCGAUGUGGUAGCCACGCAUCCUGCAGGCUGAAGUUGAGAUGGGCACACUGUGGUAUCAUCAACUUUACAAUUACGACUUCAAGUUUGCCCGUUAGCGGCAGGGCAUUUUAUGGGCCAGCAGCAGUGAUUUGGGACAUUGGUGUCUGGGAAGGGAGAAUUGGAGGAAAUGGAGACCUAGGUUCCUUCCUCGUCCUGGGAAUGUCCGAGAGAAGCUGCUCUGAGGCCAACCUGUCUACCCCUGAAGUUCUCGGCAUGCCCUCUGGUUAGGGCCUUUCCCCGCCGCAAAGUUAAGAAUGGGUCCCCACUGCGAACUUGCCGUUGCUUGCCUAACGUCGCUAGAAGGGUUCUAGCCAUGCUCAGGCACACGUGUCUUACCUCUGUCCUCCCCAUUGGCUAGCAAGCGGCAGCGCUGUCGGUGGUCCUCGGAGCCUGUGGGACACGCCAAUGAUUAGGGAUGUGAGUCAGCUGCUGGCACACGGCCUGCCCCGAGCGUCUGGUUCUGGUGGGCCCUGGUACAAUUCCUAAGUUUGGGGACUCCCUUCCGAAGUGGCAGGGAGUUCUAGUUAACCAUAACUUACUCUACUCCGGUGUAGUGUCAUUAAUGUGGGAAAGAGGAGAAAUCUCAGGUCCAGUUGGGGUUUCACCCAUCAGUUUUUCACCGAGACUUUGAACUAUGGGUUUUCUCGUCUGAGUUUACAGCUGUAUUUGCUUUCCCACCCACCUUCCCCAUCUCUGUUCCUUUGGCCUCCUUUCCAGCUUCAUUUCUUCAUACCUCAUCACCUUUUAAACCAGAUUAUGUCCACUUUUUCUUACUGACCUUGCUCUGAGAGCUACAGCUGAGGGAGGUACAGUGGAAAGACAUGUAGCGUUUGCCUUAUUGGAGCCUGAAAAGCUCAGAAACUCAUGCUGUGAAUCCCAAAGCUCUGCGCUCCUCCAAGAGCUGUGAAAUCAUGACACUUUGUCACAUUUUUUUUGCCUGAAAGAGCCUUGAGUGGGUGCCAGAGCCAACCUGAGGUCAAUUCCAGAUCCCAUUCUCCAGGCACGACCCCCCGUCCCCCACGGCUCCGUCCCUGCCCGCCAGGCCAGGAGCUGCACCAAGGAUGCAGGGCUGGGGCGGGUCCUCGAGCUUUGGGCAGCCUCGUGGCACACGGAGCCCGCGGUCGUCUCCAGGCCAGAAUGCCACCUCACAGUCCCAUGUGCAUCAGCGUCCGCAAGAGACCAACUUUCGGCCGUGGUCCUUUUCUCCCGCUCCCGGGGUGGGAGGGUGGAUGCAGUUGGUGCUUUUAAAAUUCUCCUGUUUUGUUUCUGUAAGCUUUUCCCCUGGUAUCAUGGAAAGGACCUCCUCAUCACCACCUUGUGGGUGGCUGUAUCCAAAGUCUAAAUAAUUGGCCAGAUAAUGUGGAGCAACCUUUCCUGAACUCAUGGGAGGGAAGGGCUCCUGCCCCACAACUGAACUUCUUACGUAAAAGGCUGGCUGGGGAGGAAGGCUCCGUUUUAUCACAAUCAAAUGUAAUGGUCUCCAACCACAGAUGGAGCAGCAAAGGCUAUUCGGCGGUAAAGUGAGGGCCCCCGAGUAGUCCACCAUCCAGCACAGCAUAGUCCGAUCUGAUGCUUGUUCGUUGUGUGUCUUCACGAGUCCCUCUCUGGUGCUGAAUUGGAUUUGAAUUUUGGUGAGAGGCCUCCGCAUCUCCUUGGGCUGGGCUGGCCAGUAAGUAGCUGCCUGCCGUGUUUAUAUAUUACCACGAUCAAUAGUUCAGUGAGAUUUUGUACAUUUUUUGGUAACAUUGGCAUACAUGAUGCCCCUGCAGCUCCUGUUCUGUUUGGUAGUUUGUGCCUCUCAAAUUCCCACUGUUAUGUGUGUUAAUUUAUGAAAAUAAAGAAUUUUUGAAACCUUUCAA